AUGGCUACUUUUCGAGACAUCGCUGCUUGGGCCCACACUCUCGCAGAAAUUGCCGCUGCCCCCACUGAAGCCACGAGGAAUAGUCCUCCGCUCGCGCAAGCACUUUCUUCUCUUCAAAAUAUUGGAUUUCAAGAUAUUGGCGGUGCCGUGGAGGCUUUCAAGAAACACGGCACCGCACUCAAAGAUUCGAUGGAAGCAACCUAUGCACAGAUGCCUCCAGAAAUUCGGAAUAAAGUGGAGAAGGUGCAUGGUCGACUCGUGGAUGCGAUUUCCUCCCCAGAAGAUAUGGAAUUCCAAGAACGCGUCGCCGAGUGGACUAUUGGUGUUGUCGACGCCUUCAAGAAACACGGUAUUGCACUCAGGAGAACCGCAGAAGUAACCUAUGCCCAAUUACCCCCUGAAUUUCGUGAUGAGGUUGAGAAGGCGCACGCAAAGGUCUAUCAAAUCGAAUGGAACAAACUAGCAGUGGACAUCCAAAUUUGGAUUAAGGCACAUCCAUAUCAGACAGCAUUUUAUGUUGUGAAUGGAAUCGUAUUCUUUGCUCCAGCUGCAUCUAGUGGCCCAAUUCUAUGGGUUUUGGGAUUUUCUGGCAAAGGGCCAAGGGCUGCUUCAUUUGCAUCGAUGUUACAGAGAAAGUUUGGCACGGUCAGUGCGAAGGACGUAUAUGACCAUGCUCAGAAUGCUGUCAUGGGAGGUUAUGGGGUUACUGCUGUAAAUAUGGUAACAAGACUUUUUGUCGCUGCUAGUAGUCUUUUUGGUGAGAUGUGGGGAUCGCGGAAUACAGAACAGCCAAGUGAGGAACGGACCGAUGAUAUCGUUGAGUCUUCUGAGAGACAAAGCAUCGCUCUUGAAGAGGUAGAAGAUACGAGAAAUACAGAUGCCUCUGAUGAUACCAAUACUCCGGGUGUUCCUGAUGACUUGCAGAGGGAGGCCGAGAAUGAGGAUGCUAGAGUCUACAGUGUACCAUGGGAGAACCUGCCAGACAAUAUAAAGGACUGGAUCAAGGCACACCCAUACCAAACAGCAUUUCACGUCGUCAGUGGAGUGGUUUUCUUCGCCCCAGCCGCGGCCAGUGGCCCUGUGUUAUACUUGUUGGGUUUCGGUUCCAUGGGACCUAGAGCUGCAUCUCUUGCGACAUUCUGGCAGAGCAAAAUUGGUGUGGUUGUAGCCAAGAGUGGGUUUUCAUUCAUGCAGAGUGCAGGUAUGGGUGGUUAUGCGGCUGCGGCUGUGAAUACGGCUGUACAGACUUCAGCUGUUAUCUCAUUGUCAACUACGAUCAAUUCUUUCAAAAUUUCUUUCAAUCACCCCACCUUUACAAACCCUACCAGAAUACCGCGAUCCUCCAACCUAUCGCAUUGCUCCUAUCACUUUCUUCACCCUAGCUGUGGCGGGUGGCCCAUUCCUCUAUUCAUCAGGUUUUUAUCUAUUACAUCUUUGUUUCAGAGUAUCUUCUGUAAUGAUGCUAUCAGAAGUUCAUUUGCAUAUUUACAAAUUGCCGCUAUGAGUGAGUAUAGACUUGGUCUAUUGCAUACGGCGGUACGAUCCUUUUUGGGUAUUCGAAGCGUUGUUGAAUUCUUCUGGGGAAGUAAAUCAAUCCGGAUGAAUAAUACCUGGGCCAGUUUGCAAGAUUUUGUUGGGUAUGUAUCUUUUUGUGUGGUUUUGGCGUUACUUUUCUGUAUUCUGGUCAGAAUUAGAAGUAUGGGCUACAAAGUAAUUCAUGGUGUGAUACGUCCUGCUCAUAUUCAUACCGAACAAGAGUUGCGAGAAGCAAGGAAGUGA